UGUAUUUGGAGCGCCAUCGUUAAUUUGUCUCCUUCCUUGCUGUUUGCCGCGUUUCUUUCGUGCCGUGAUAUUAUUUGAAGAUAAGGCAUUGGCAACUUGGCUGGAUCCAACCAGCCUGACCUGACCUGACCUGACCUGACCUGACCUGACCUGACCUGACCUGACCUGGGACCCAGGACUGAGCCAUGGCCACCUCUAUAAAGUCCAUGGUAUCCAAGAAUAAGAAGAGAUUUGAGGAGGGAAAGUUCAACUUGGAUCUAUCAUACAUCACGGAUAACAUCAUCGCCAUGGGAUACCCGGCAAAGGCCAUAGAGACACUCUAUAGGAACGAUGCCAAGGAGGUACUGGAGUUCCUGAACAAGAGGCAUCCGCAGAGAUAUAAACUCUUCAACCUCUGCCGGGAGCGUCAGUACGACUCAGCCAUGUUCGAGGGUCGCGUCGAAUGGGAGCCGUUUGAGGACCACAAGCCGCCCCGGAUUGAGCAGAUCGAGACUUUCUGCAGAAAAGUCCAGGAGUGGCUAGAUGCUAACAAGGAGAAUGUUGUGGCCAUCCACUGUAAGGCGGGGAAGGGUCGCACGGGGGUGAUGAUUUGCUGCUACCUCCUGUACGCCGGUAUCUGCGCUACACCCGAAGAAGUGCUCGACUUUUACGGGAAGAAGCGAACCAAAGACGGCAAGGGCGUCACCAUUCCCUCCCAGCAGCGCUACGUGACGUACUUCCAUCGUAUGCUGAAAUCACGCUGUGUCUACUACCCUACCGAACUGUACCUGCAGGCCAUCACCCUCGAGCCGGAGAGAGCACUCGAGAACAUAGUGUCCAACGUGUUCUUCUCCGUGAAGACCCGCUGCAGUACCGUACCCGCGGCCUGUAACGGAGACUCGCGGCCCACCCUGAUGGAUACUAUCAUAGAGCCGGACCUGAGGAAGGAUAAGGAGCGCAAACUACUGACCUCGAGAGCCGUGGAGCCGGCCAGACGACAGGGCGACACCUGUCUACGAAUCCCCGUCGACGGUGAACUACCCGUCCGGGGCGACUUUAAACUAGAGCUCCUCUACAAGCCGAAGAACAAGCUGAAGCCGAGGGAGAAGCUGUGCUGGUUGUGGUUGAACACGUUCUUCGUGGCCGGAGGAGCGUCGGAGCGGGCGGAUAGGAUGGAGCGUGCGUCCAGUUGUCCGGAGGACGAGGGUCCGCCCGGACAGGGGUACCCCAUAGUCAGGAAACAGGAGUCCCUGCCGGUGUCCUUGGAUCCGCCGCCCGCCGGCAGAGUUUCCUGCAGCGACGCGCGGCUACCACUGGGUGCCAGUAAUAGGAUAACGCUCACACUUGGGAAGGACGAACUGGACAAAGGAUGGAAGGACUCCCGGCUACCCGAGAGCUUCAAGCUGCACCUGAGUCUGGCGCGGCGGAAGGCGCGGGUGUCCCAACAGCAACAGCUGCCCAGGGUUACCGGGUCCGACUCAGAUAGUGAAGACGACAGCGGGGACGACUAUCCAGGGGAGAGGGACGGAGCGCUGUUUCAGCCGCCGGCGGCUGCCCCGUCCCGACCUGCCGAGAGGUCGUACCCGUGGCUAAGGACACAGACACCUCAGAGCUAGCGGCCCGUGUCGCCCCGGCCGGCAGAGAGGGCUGGCGAUAGCGCCGGUCUAGCUCGAACGAGAGAGCACCCACCUAUAGGAGUUGCCGGCGCGCUGACUGCGACGACGGCAAAGGAGAGAGCCAAGUACAAAAUGAACGAGAGCGUACGAGAGAGAGAGCGUGGGAGCAGCGGUGUCCUGUCGUGUAUUUCGAGCGGCGGGACUGAAUUGAGAAGGCAUCGUCUUCGCAAGCUGGGAUCGUCAAUAGAAAAGCUUAAUCCUCAGCGUAUGAGAUGGACCUCCAGAAUCAAAGCUAUCCGGAUGGUUCCUUCAGCUUGUGUUCUAGCCGAAAGCUAUAGUUUGUUGGAACUCUCAGCUUACGAAACAAAGCAUUCAGCGUGAGAAAAGGCCGUCAUAGACUGAGCAAAUUCAGAUCAUAAGCUCCCAUGCGUCUGCCGCGUUUGUGUGUCUGUGUGUUAGCGGGUGUAUGUUUAUCUCUUAUAUGGGUCUCGCUAUGGUAUGGGAUUGGCGUGGAAUCAAGAUUCAAGUAUGAGUGAUGUCUUGCUGUCAUCGCUAAAAUGUGGACGUGUGGAGAGAUGUGGACAGCGUGGAAAAUGUGGAAGCGUGAAGGGAUUCAAUGUGGCCAUUUGACGGUAUUUUAGUGGUGGAUUUAAUGUUCAGGAGUAUGUAAAAAUGUGCUGGAAAUAGCACAAACAGGACAUUUUCUUGAUUUGGGUUUUGGUAGGAAUUUGCGAAUGGUAACGAUAAGAGUGGAGUCGAAGUGGGUUGAGAUGUGGAGUUAGACGAAGUGGAAGGGCCAGAGUUGGUAUUUGGUUGAGCUGGAGAUAGAGAUUGAGUUCAUGAGUUAGUGGAGAGUGACUUGAGGAGUUGAUGGAGACGGAGUGAGUUGAGCUGAUGAGUUGGUGGCAGUGUGAGCUGAGUUGUGAGUGGAGUUUGAGUUGGAUGGGUUCGUUCUACGGCUGGGAUGAUAGCGGGGUGUCUUGAGGAGGGGCUGUGAGCUGUGAGUUGGGGAGUUGGUAGAUCCGAGGUACGAGUACCGAGUGGACGCCCGAGUUUGAGAGUGACCGUGCUGUCUACCGCGCCCAGUGAGGCGAGAUCUGGCAGCCCAGUAGGAGAGUUGCCAGAUGCACCUUGUCGCUUGGCUGUGUAGCCAUCUGAAGAUGGCCUUAGCGCUUGGUGCCGAGCGGGAUUUGGAACAUCCAAGAAGUGCUCCGCACAAAACCGCACGUGUAUGAUUUCGAGAAUCUUCUCAAAACAACACGUGCGUGUUUUGAUGCAACACUUUCAACUGAGUGAGACGUAUGGCGGGAGCGUGAUUGGUAAGAAGUGGCGCGAGUGAGACUGUCUUACAUGUGAGAAUCCAUCAGUGAGAUCGCAUGCUCAUAUGUUAGUGUAGCGUCUCGACGCUAUCACCUGGUUUUAGUUGAUGUCUAUAUGCCGUUAGAGAAAUCCCUGUGUCUCUAAGCAAUAGACAUAUUUGUCAACAUUUCGCUGUGUGUAUGUAUGUGUGUGUUUGUGGAGUAUCCCGUGUGUAUAGCCACCGGCCGGGCGCCCGAGUCUGUCUCGGCGCUCUGACGUCACUGGGGGACGGCGAUGACGUCACUGGUGGGCCGCCGCUGUUGUGAAGUGUAUGGGAAAUGUGCGCAGUGCGCCCCCGGCUCCAAAUACAAGCCGACCAUCGUA